AUGCACUUCAAGCAGAUCAGUCUUAUCAGUCUUGUUAUUGCAUUCACAGCGGCAUCUCCCGCCCAGACGAACCCUAAAGUGUUGCAAGCUCGCGAGCACAACAAAGACCGAUAUAUCAACCCCAGAUCACCAAAGAUGAGCCUUGACGAGCAGUGUAUGAAGGGAGCAGACGCCGGUCGUUUGUUCACCUAUUGGAACGUUGUAAUCAACGAUGCCAGCGAUUACACUGAUGACACGUGCGGUUCUGGAUUCUUCGACAAUAUCAACGGCCGCGGCUGCGCGGUAACAGGCUGGGGCUGUCACUAUGCUAAUGACGGCAAGACGAUGAACGCUGGCUUCAAGGCACCAAAUACUUGCUCCGAUGUUGAUAUCAGUAGCGCUAUCAACGCAGCAUUUGGGGGAAAGAAAGUGGAGUGUGCGGACUACGACGAUCAGGUUAAAUGCGGAAAGGAUGGUUGCAGCAUUGACAAAAGGUGA